GCCACCCUUCCCGACGCCCGCCGCGAACGCCCGAGCGCGAAGCCGUAUCAAAUAUUUACUCACCCCUAAUACUGCUAAUAAAAUUUCAUCGCGCCACUUUCUGCUCCUCGCGCCCAUUCAAAAUCAUGAUUUUACAAUAAAGUUGCAGCUAGUAGCGAGUGCAAAAACUCCGUGUUUUGCAUCCGUGACAGUAAUGGCACGAACGACAAGGAGCCCCCUGGGGCUGCUGACGUCGCUCGGCAGCCCGACCGCGACGACGGCGCCCACCGCCGCCACCGUCACCGUCGCCAAGCAGAGUGCCAACAACAAGCGGCCUACGCCCAUCAUCAUUUAUCCCACCGUGACUCCGGAAUCCAUCGUGGUGCCUAUCGUGUCGUGCAUAUUCGGUUUCCCAUUGCUGGCACUGACCGUCAUAUGUUGCCUUCGGAGAAGAGCAAAACUUGCCAGAGAACGAGCCCGGCGCCGAAACUGCGACUUGGACCGCGGAGAGCUGUCCGUGGUCCGUCUGUCGCCAGUGAAAUCGCGGACGCGCGCGGUCAGCCUAGCACGCGCCUCGCGUCCGCUGCCGUCGUUGGAGCUGGACACCGUUCUAGAGGAGCGCUCUGACCCUGAGCAGACGACACUGUCUCAAGUGGAGAUGACUCCAGACCGCGAAGUGGGCGCGAUCCUGUUCGGCGCAGUGGGCGCGAUGGGCACGGCGGCGGCGGCGGCGUGCGCGCGCGACAGCUAGCGCCGGGGCUCGGCGCAGCUCGGCGCGCGCUCGCCGCUCUGGGCCGCGCUCACCAGCCAGCUGGACGCCGACGACGCCGACGCCGACGCCGACGACGCCGACCCCGAGCUCGAGACCGACGAGCCCAGCUAGCAACUCGACGAGCGCUCGGUGGCUGACAUCGGCGAGCAUAUCAAACUUUUCCUGGACAUUCCUCUUAGGUUUUAGUGAAUAUCAGACGCAUAUCCGCGCGUGUCAAUGUUAGUGUGUACCAGUGUGUGAGCUUCAGGGGUAUUAUCAGGUCCGUAGCCAGAAUUCAAUUUAAGGUAGGACAUCAACUGUAAUUACAGGUAGAGUGUAAUGCUGUACAAUAACGUAGUAUGGUGAUGCAUAAAGUAGGGCAAUGGGGUUAUAAGUUAUGACAGAGUCCCACAAUGCCCUCCUCUAGCUACGGCCCUGGGUGUUAUAGGUAUACACUUAUAUACUUGACAAAGUGGAGUGUUCAGUUAGCGAUGAAAACAUGAGCCCAAUUGUAUUUUACGUAGUUUAAUAAGCUUUAAACUAGUCCAAGACUUGUGUUCUUUGCCAUAAUAGUUGGUCUUUUACUUUUCGUAAUUGUGAUCUCGAGUAACUCGGCAGAGUUCUAUUUCGUAGAGGUUGUCAUUGUUAGUUAAUACAGAUGUAAUAUAUUAAAAUUUGUUAUUCGAUAGCUAUACCUGCAUUUAACAAGUUUAAUUAAGUUAUGCACAAAUAUAAUAUAAUGUAUGUUACACAUUCGUAGUUAAUUUGCUAAAUGUGUGUAUUAAAACAUUGUAAGUUGCUUCAAAUCGUCAAUAUUUAUUAUACCAUUUGCAGUUAUAAUUCUUAUAUACAUAAAUGUACAGUAGGUUCGAUAAUUAAAAGUAAGGAAUUAUUAUAAAGUAGACUUCCCAAGACCAACUGUAAACUUAUGAGAUGAACUGUUAAAAUUAACUAGUUUCCCAUGUUUGUAAUUAAUCUUAGCAUAAACUUUAAUAAAACUGUUUACUUAUGUGGCGCGUACCACCACACAAACUUAGAGGUACUUACUGUAUUUUAGCGUGAAAAUAUUCGUACUUUAUAUUUUGAAUGUAAACU